AUGAUUACAUUAAAAAUUCAUUCAUUAUCAACAGACGAAACAACAGAAUUAACUUUUAAAGAACUUCAUAUUUUAUGUUUAAUGAAAGAGACAAUUGGAUUUAUAAGUUCGAUGGAUAUUCAAUUCUGUUUUCGUACUAUUUUCAAGAAAAUUAAACAUAAUAUUGAUCAUCGUCUUGAUUCAUUAUGUCGCCAUAUUCCAACAGCAGGUGAUUGA